AUGGGCUUAAUCAAGUUAUGCAACGGUAUACCCAUCAAAUAUCUCUCCUUGAUCAUCCUUGUGGUGCAAAACAGUGCACUUAUUCUGGUCAUGCGCUAUACAAGAGCCAAUGUGGAAGAGGACAAACUGUACUUAGCAUCUACUGCUGUGGUGAUGAGCGAAGUGAUCAAAUCCAUCGUCUGUCUUGUUGUACUAUAUCUAGCUCCCGAAUCUCGCAAACGCUCCCUGAAACGAUUGACCAGCCUGCUGAAUCGUGAACUCAUCUUGAAUUGGAGAGAGACAGCCAAAUUAGCAUUUCCUGCCGCCUUGUAUCUUAUUCAAAACAAUCUCCAAUAUGUUGCAGCUUCCAAUCUCGAUGCGGCUACAUUUCAAGUUACUUAUCAGCUCAAGAUCUUGACUACAGCUUUCUUCAGUGUAUUGAUCCUCAAAAAGAACCUCUCAAAACUAAAGUGGAUUGCGUUGGCACUAUUGACGGUGGGCAUUGCGCUUGUCGUGCUUCCCAAAGGAGCAUCUACUGCUGUCAUUGCCUACAUUACUGGAAACACCACCAUCACAGACUCAACAGCCGAGACAACUGCCAUUGGUAACCAAUCUAAUUUACAAGGUUUUGUUGCUGUCUUGACUGCCUGUAUGCUAUCUGGCUUGGCUGGCGUGUAUUUCGAAAAGAUUCUCAAGGCACCUGCACCCAAACCUGCGGCUGUGAGCAACAAUACUAACAACACUGAGGAUUGGUCUGAUGAUGAUGAUGAAAACAAAAAGGUCGUUGUACAAGAGGAGGACAAUAUGGACGAUGAAUCACUUGCUGCUAGCAAUCAGAUCUGGAUUCGCAAUAUUCAAAUGUCAUUUUUCUCCGUGUUAUUGGGCUUAGUGUUCGUUGUCAUGUUGCAAGAUGGCACAACUAUUGUUGAACGCGGAUUUUUUGUCAACUAUACACCUCUCACCUGGACCGUGAUCGCUAUUCAAGCCGUGGGAGGAUUAAUCGUGGCACUUGUUGUGAAAUAUGCCGAUAACAUCUUGAAAGGGUUUGCCACUAGUAUUAGUAUCAUCUUGUCAUCCGUUGUUAGUGUGUGGCUUUUCAACUUUACCUUCUCUGGAUCAUUUUUACUGGGCGCAGCAUUGGUUAUAUACGCAACUUACUUGUAUGGACUGUAA